AUGUACCGGAAUAUUAAGAAAACCAUCACCGAGUCUCUGCUUUUGUGUGAUCUAGAUAAAAAAGUUGAUCAACCCUCAACCUCAAAAAGACUUAAACUUGAUGCUUGUACUAGUACAAGUGUACAAAGUGAAUCUAAAUUAAAUUCAUCUGACUCCUCAGAUAUAGAAAGUUCUUCACCUAAUUUUCCAAUUUCAUAUGAAGAUUCUUCCAAUUCUGAUGCAGAUUCUCCCAUUCCUGAUGCAGAUUCUCUUAUUUCCGUGUCCUUUCUUAAUGAUAUACCAGUUAGUCCAGAAGUACCUGUUGCUCCAGAUCCUGUGAUACCAUUAAACAUAUCAAGAACUUUUCUGAAAGAUUGGGCACUUUGUCAUAAUAUUACUCAUAAUGCUUUGGAUGCUUUACUGACAUUUUUAAAGACUAAUCCUGAUUUGUCAGAUUUGCCAACAUCUGCAAGGGCACUAUUAAAUACUCCAAAAUCUAUGGAAAUUGAGGAACUAGGAGGAGGACAUUUUUACUAUUUUGGCUUGGCUCAAAAUUUAACACGCAUCAUUGAGUUAACACAGUGUGAUAUCUUGGAUUUAGAUUUUGGAAUAGACGGAUUACCUAUUUACAAAAGCUCUAAUCUAUCUUUUUGGCCUAUCCUCUGUAAAAUUCAUAAAAUAGUUCCUCCUCCAGUUUUUACUGUCGCAAUAUUCUGUGGAAAAAGUAAACCUCCAUUGAAUGGCUUCUUUAAAAAAUUUAUUGAAGAAAUUAAUUUAUUGCAAAAAAAUGGACUUAAAGUGGAUAAUAAAAUUAUUAAAAUAAAUAUAAGAUCAUUUCUUUGUGAUACUCCAGCAAGAUCUUUCAUUAAGUGUGUCACUGCCCAUAAUGGCUAUUUUGGAUGUGACAAAUGUAUUGAUAAGGGCAAUUAUUUUAAUAGAAGAAUGAGAUUUUUAAAAUUACAUGCUACCCUUAGGACUAAUUUAGACUUUAGAAGUAAGAAUAAUAACACCCAUCAUAAAGGAGAAAGUCCACUAGAAAAAAUAAAAACUAUUGAUAUGAUUAAUUCUUUUCCUCUCGAUUAUAUGCAUAGUGUAUGUUUGGGAGUUAUGCGUAAGCUACUAUUUGAAUGGAGAGAUGGAAGCAGAAUAUAUAGAUUAAAUGCAGGAGAUUUUGAUAACUAUGUUAAAAGUAUUAAACAUUGGCCCUUUGAAUUCAAUAGAAAACCCAGAAGCAUUUUAGAAUUGGAAAGAUGGAAAGCAUCAGAGCUUAGACAAUUUUUGCUGUAUACUGGAUGUGUAGUUUUAAAAAAGUUAAUGUCACCCCAGAUAUAUGCUAAUUUUAUGCUUUUAAAGUUUGCUUUAACAAUAUUGCUCAGCAAUAGUCUAAACAAUGAUUAUAAUCACUAUGCCCAGACAUUGUUGCUAAUAUUUGUAAAAAAUGCAAUAAAAAUUUAUGGAAGAGAUUUUUGUAUAUACAAUACACACUCUUUAAUUCAUUUAGCAAAUGAGGCUAGACUGUUUGGAGAUUUAAAUUCUAUAAGUUGUUUUCCUUUUGAAAAUCACCUACAAGUAAUAAAAAAUUUGCUGAGGAAACCAAAUUUGCCACUUCAGCAAGUAAUUCGAAGAAUUUCAGAAAGAGAAAAUAAUGAACAAUUCACUAUCAUUGGAAAAAAAUGUGACAUUAUUAAACCCUUUACCUCCUAUCCUACCGAUUCUUCAGUUUUCCAUUUGUAUGAAAUUCAGUUUUUAAGUGAUGAACUAGUAGAGUUUAGUGCUGAAAUUGUUAUGUGCAAGGGAGUGGUCCUGGCUUUCGAAGAUACUUUUGUAGACUAUUAUGUAGUGGAGUUUCCAGAGGAAGCAGAUACACCUUUGGCAGUAGUUCCUUAUUGUUGGCUAGAUAUUAAUGAAAAUAACAAAACCAUAUGUAUGUGGCCCAAUGGCUUCAAAAGUAAUAAACAGCUGACCAAUGCAGUUAUUUCAAAACAAGAAAUACCAAUUUCAGAAACCGUCCCUUGUAGAAUUACAGUAAAAUUUAAAACAAAUGAUUAUGAAAAAGCUCUCUUAGUUUUAAAAAAAAUGGAAAAUUCAUCAAGUGUAUCGUGUUUAACAUCAGAUGGGGAGCGGAAAGGAAAAAGGAUUUUAAAAUGCCCUCCACGAUAUAGGGUUGAUGAUGACUUGGAAAGUUCAGAUGAAGACAGUUUGCCCCCUGUUCCAGCUUUAAAAAUAAAAACAUUUGUGCCUCCUGUUUUGUCAGCUCCGACUUUUGGGACAUCUCGGGAUGAAAUUCCCACUGAAACUCAAUGCAUAGAAAUGGAAGAAAAUCCAGCAUAUACUUUCAUAGAAAUUGUUCAUAUGCUUAAAAGAAUUGAAAAAUUAUGUGUUAAUAAUUCUACUAAGAUUGAAUCUUUGAAAAAUGAGAUUACUCACUUAAAUAAUGUGAUUCAAAACAAAGAUACGAUAGAAAGAACCCAAUUGGAAAUAAAAUCGAUCAGUACAAUUGAUGACCUCAAAAAGUUGGAAGAGAAUCUAAAAAGUGAAGAUUUCUUUUCUAAGGCUUGCCAGUCAUUGUCUAUAUUGGGUGGUAAAGACGGUACCAACACGGUACGAAGAAUUAUAACUCAACUAUUAACACAUCAGUUUGUCCUGACCUUAAAUUGGUCAGGGCGAAAUGAUAAAUGCGGUUUGAAGCAGUUCGAAAAUGUUCUUCAAUUAAUUCUUGCUACUGCAAGGAAAAACAUGUUUUCUAAGGAUAUUACAAAACAGGAAACUGAGUUCAUCCUCAAAAAUUGGUUAAGAAGUGCAGGUGAUAGAGAGGGGGGAAGAGAAAGGAGGAGGAAAAUAUGAUGUAAUAUCAGUUUUUUUCUAGAAUAUUUAUUUUAUUUUUUAGAAUAAUUUUAUGUUUUUUAUUUAAAUCCAAUUUGUUUACUGUUCCUUUCUGGUUUUAAUAGGUUUUUUUAUGAUAUGUAUCUUGUUUUCUGUUCACUUGUUUAUUUUUACUUAUUAUUUUGUGUUUUAAUAAAAUUUUUAUUUUUUUUAUAUUUUAGUAUAAUUAUUUUACUAAUAUAUUGUUUCACAAUAUAUAGCUCGUUUCAAUUUUAAAAGUACCAGUUUUGGUUCAGAGGAAGGGGAAUAAGUAUAAUACCCUAGGUCAAUCAGAGGCCCUGAGUUUUGGCCUU